AAAAGCGUUCCGUCCACAUUUCCAAUACACCCGUAACUCGGCCAUUAUCAGUUGACGGGGGAAGAUACGGGGGAUGUUGAUUGUAAUAAAGAGAAGGUUGUAGUAGAGUUAGAGAUUUCUCAGACAAAGGAUUAGAUUUAUAUCAAGGAGACUUGAAAUACACGGAUAUAACGAGAAAUAUUGAUUGUUUUAUCACAGAAGUUUUUAUAACGUGACAUUCUGCAGGAUACUGCUUGUUCUGGGCGUUUGAACGGAACUCGCCUGUAUCAUUAUAAUUACCAGGUAAAUACGGGGUUUGGACCGAAAUUCCAAUAACGUUGCCAUGGAUUUUGAUCAAGAGAGACGAUGACUGCAUCAGUCAUAUAUAUGUGUUGCUUGGUAACCAUUAUUAAUUUUUAUCUCACCUUUUGAACGCAGUCGUGAAACCUGUACGUACCCUUUAAUACUAGAAUCUAAUGUCACGGCGAGUAGAUAAUUAUGUCGUUUGAUGAACUUUCAUUUUACGGGACUGUUAAUAUCAGCAGAUCCAUGACGACAUGCUAGAAGAUGAUAUUACUACAGAAGCACGAGAAAGGCGAUCCAACGCGACAUUGAUGUAUGAGGUAAUUGAUGAGAACACUGUCAACCCAAUCAAAUACUCAACUGCUCAAAUCACACCAAGUCAGGAAGAGGAGUACCGAACAGCGGAAGCUCUAUUUUACAACUCUUACGAUCCUACCCUAGGCUAUAACACUGCGGCAAUCCUCGGGGGUUUACUUCUGUUCAUCCUUAUGUAUGUAUUUUACAGGACAAAGAUUCGGAAACCUUUGAUUAAAUUUGUAAAAGAAAAGAUUAGAUCUUGGAAAAAUGACAGUUCUCUGACAGGCGACAAAGAAGAGAACGAGGAAGCACUCAUUGCCGAAGCAGACGAUAAACUCCAAAGUGUGGGAAUUAAAAGUUUUUUAAGUGAAAGUGAAAAUCGUGAUUCUCUACAUUCAUACACACACAGGGAUUACAUGCUUGGUGAUGUCACCCAGAAUUCUGCAGACGAUGCCUUUAAAGUUCCCCAGGUGACAAUUACGGACGAGUCACAGGACGCUUUACCUAUCGUGUUUAUGGACACAGAUGAUUGCACUGCUGAGUGGGUACAUAAACAACAUGAGCUCCUUCAACCGGGAGGUAUUAUUGUUAAAGUCAAAUCCGACACAAUAUGUCCUCCCACAACCGAUCUGUUAGAGGAAGGUAAAUGUCGGAAAGUCUGUUGUCCGAACCCGAACUGUAUGUUUAAUAGGCAAAUAUCAAACUGUGCUCACUCUCAAAAUGCAUUGAAUCUUAAUAGAAGUAUUCCUAUGUUUGAUUCUGAUGACUUGAAUGUUCCUUACGAGAGACUUGCUAAAGCUAAAACUCGUCCCAAACGUCCUCUUUUGGUUAAUACGAAACAUCACAGUCUUUCAUCAGAGCCAAGAAGUCCUGUAAAGAGAAUACCGCCACUACGGGCAGCAAAUCAUCCAAGCGUGUCUUCCGAACCAAAAACUCCUGUCUCAAAAAUCAACUCCAACAACUUCCCCAUGCAUAUCACUCCUAUCAUCAAAAUACAGAAUACAGACAAAAGAGGUGGUCAUUAUGUAAAAGGCGAGCGGAGAGACUCUGACAGUAGCUCCUCUUCGGAUGACCCUUUGAUUUAUCGUAUAACUAGUGAGAAAUGGACUCGUUCUCGUUCUCCUCUGCGGAAAAGCAAGACAGAGGAUCCUGGGUAUACUUGUUGUAACCACGCCCCCGUGAUCCGCCCCACGAAGGUCAAGCAACUGAGUGUGGAGGAAGCGUGCCAUUUGGGCCUUCUUAUUCCACAAACCCAAAAGUGUGUUAGUAACUCACCCUCUUGCCAAAGCAUCUCACAAAUGGAGACACCAUUAUGACAAACACUUUCAAGUCAAAUUUUUGUUAUUCAGUGUUAAUAAACCAACCCAUAGGAAUUUAAGCACAUGUCUUUCAUAAUAAAACUAUUGAUUGAUAUUA